AUGGAUAGAAAAUCUGCUAGAAUAAAAGCAGAGUUAGAAAGAUAUGGUUGGAAAGUUUCGAAGAAUUUUAAAUAUAGGAAGGGAAGACCCAUAAAAGUCUAUGACAAACUGGCUGGUCUGACCUACGAAAUGGACUUGGAAACAGCGCGCACAAAUUAUCCAAACAGAUUAGAGAGGUUAGAAGAAGAACGUCUUAUGAACUUGCCUUUCAAUGUUAGUGAACCUCAAGUUGAAGGACACGACGGCUUUGCCAGAUUCUACUGGAAACAUGACGAACAAUUGUAUCCUUUGAGAAGGAAAAAAGGAAAAGGUGAAGACAAACAUGCUCCCAUGGAAAGAACAAGAUAUGCAUAUGAAAAGUACCGUGAAGUUAGAAGUAAAAUUACAUCUGGUCGAACCUUUACAGUAAACUUUGAAGAAGGAAAGAACAAAGAAGGCUUCAUGGGUGUACUUGCUGCCAUACAAGACGGAAAUAAGAAAGGAUACAAUCUCAGACUAACCGUAACAGAUUUGGACGGUCACAUUUACUAUGCACAUGGCAAUGUCACAACAGCCGCACAACUUCUUGACGCUUUCAAGACUACAAAGAGAGAACAAAUGUUUGACUCCGACUCAGACAUUUUGAAUGCAAUUGAAGGAAUUGCAAGUGUAAAAUUUGAAUGGUACCAACCUAACCCUCAAGCAGUCAGACAACAUGUUUGUUAG